UGGGUGGAUGGUAAAGGAAGGUAUAUAGAUGCCAUGGUGAAAGAGUAUGGUUUAUUCAUACCACAUAUUCACACAUAGACAACAACGACAGACUUCAUAUCUACAUACUAGUAACUCGACUAUCAAGCAUAAGAAAAGUUACUUAAACUUUAGCAAGGAGAGACAAAACGAACACACACACGCACAAUGGCCACCCUAACACCAACCCAAGUCCAAAUCAUCAAGAGCACCGUCCCCGUGCUCGCAGAACACGGGACGGCAAUAACCACUCGGUUCUACCACGACAUGCUGGAAGCAAACCCUGAACUCAAAAACAUCUUCAACAACACCCACCAAGCCACAGGCCACCAGGCGCAAGCCCUCGCCGGGUCCCUGUACGCCUACGCUGCCAACAUCGACAAUCUGGGCAAGCUGAGUCCCGCGGUUGAACUCAUCUGCCACAAGCAUGCCAGCCUCUUUAUCCGCGCCGAUCAAUACGACAUUGUCGGCAAGCACCUCCUGUCCACCAUGGCGAGCGUGCUCGGCGGCGCCGCAACACCCGAGAUCUUGGAUGCGUGGGGCGCCGCGUACUGGCAGCUGGCCAACCUGAUGAUCAGCAAGGAGAGCCAGCUGUACCGCUCGACGUCGUACUGGCCGUCAUGGCAGGACUUUCGAAUUGCCAAGAAAGUCCGCGAGAGCGAGGAGAUUACGUCGUUUUAUCUCGAACCGGUGGAUGCUGCUAAACUAAAGCUGCCGCGGUUCAAGCCGGGGCAGUACGUCUCGGUUAGGGUGUUUGUGGAGGAGCUGGAUGGUGGUGUGUGGCAGGCUAGACAGUAUAGUUUGAGUGAUGCACCGGGCAAGAGCUAUUUGCGCAUCAGCGUCAAGAGAGAGGCUGGAGUGGUGCUUGGGGAAGACAAGGACAUGACGCAUGUGGGGUACAUUUCAAAUCUGCUGCACGACGCAAAGCACGAGGGCGAUGUGGUGCAAGUGUCGCAUCCGUUUGGAGAUUUCCACCUUGUAGAUUCCGGGGAAGCGGGUCAAGACGACAACGACAACGACACAGCAGCAACAGCAGGACAAGGCCCAGUGGUGCUCAUCUCGGCGGGUGUCGGUGUGACUGCGCUCAUGUCCAUGUUGAAUUUUUUGAUUGACGAGGGAGUUUCAGCUAGGCCCAUUACUUGGAUCCAGGGUGCGCGCAACUCGCAGACCAGGGCCUUCAAGAAGCACAUGGACCAGUGUGUUGUCGCGAACCAUGGGAACGUGCAUGCCAUCUACUACCUGUCACGCCCAAGCCAAGAGGAUAUGCAGGGCCACGACUAUGAUAUCAAAGGCCGUGUGGAUCUCGAUCGCGUCGACAGGACAAUUCUCCACACGGACAAUAGCAGCACGCUGUACUACUGUUGCGGGCCCACAUCGUUCAUGCUCGACGUUGAGGCCCAGUUGAAGAGCUAUGGCGUUCCAAGUGAGCGGGUGAAGAUGGAGUUGUUUGGUACUGGUGGAGUUCCUAGGAUCUGAGAAUCAUGACCACUACUUACGUACUCCAUUGUCGGUCUUUUUUUUUGAUCUUCAAUUUUUCCCCCCUCUGAUGAUCAUGAUUGUAUUUUGAUAUCGGGCGUAAGUCGGCAGUUGCCACUUGUCUUUUUUUUCUUACUACAUAUAGUGUUUGUGCGGACCGACACGAGGAGUGGGUUCGGGUUCGCAAAUGUGCUGUAUUAUGUAUACUACUGCUAUUAGGAGACUCAGCUCAUCCCGCCUAUCGGGGAUAUUUGAUGACGCAACUGACUCAUUGAGCACGACGUGUCUGUGCAGUCGUCAUGUUUCACCUGUAUUUUGCGGCGUUUGGUG